AUGUGCGAGGAGGCGUGCAGCAUACAGACACUUUUGCAUGAGUACACCGAGAAGACGAGAACACUCGGGAGAGAGGUGGGAGGCUUCAUGCAGCGUGACAGUGCUGAAGAGGACGCGCUGCAGAAAAUCGUACUGGAUGUUGCGCGUGCGGAGAUGAGUGCAUUGCGCGACGUGCGUUAUAUGGAGUUCUCACACCGUCGAGGAGAAAUGGGCUCUGCACGAGACACGGGAGGUGCGGAUACUUGCUCAUCGUCGACUCGCCGUGGGUGUGGUGGGUGUGUGGCUGGCUGCGUUGCUUCGUUGUGCGACGGCAGGCCGGAUGCAUUCUUUGAGCUUUUUGAGUAUGGCGACGUGGGCGAUGUGCUGUUGGGGUGGCGCUCGGCCACGCGGAAUGCGCGAGUGCAGUUUGAUGCGCUUUGCGCAUCGGUUAUCGACAGCGUGCCUGAUAUUUCGUCGUGUGUGUUGCUGGUGAAUGGGAUCUUGUACACGCCUUGCGAUGCAUUUGAUGCCUGUGAGCUGACGGAGCGGGAGCUGGAAACGAUAUUGGGUGGCGACGGUGGUGUCGUUGCGGAGGAGGCGCUGGUGCGCUGGCAGGACGCUGUUGUGAUGCGUUCUCUGCUCACCUGCGACCGCCUGCGUGGUGUGUGGAACGCUGCUGGCGGUUCGGAGGGGAGUGGACUGUGCCUGAUGGGUGAUGGCCAUGAUACAUUGGCGCUUGUUGAUCACACCCGCCUGCUGCGCUCCGCUGUGUUCCGUGGGUUCUUCUUUUCUGGGGAGCUGCGGGCGGUGGAGUCUGUCGGAGCGCAAGCUAACGUGCUGGCGACUAUAUUGGGCGCAAGCGAUGGCGAUUCCCAAGAGGAGAUGGAGCGAUGCGUUGUAGAUGUUUUUACUGGGUUGCAGAGACAGGAGGGUCAUCCACUUUCUGGAUGCAAGAAUGCUGUGGUAAUGCUUGCUGUGCAGGGCGAUGUGCCUGCUGCUGCCCCCGCGGCUUGCGGUAGGCCAUUGGUGCGAUUUGUGGUGCUUGACAUUCGCCCACUUGCGCCCAACCUUCCCUUUGCGUGGCAUUUCACGUGGGCUGAGGUGUGUGCACUGGGGCAGCUUGACGCGAGGACCGGCGCUGGACACCUGCCGACACCCCUUCCCGUUUUCAAAAUGACCCGUGUUGCUGUGGCCGCCCUGGAACCGUAUGAUACUCUCUCCCGCCGACUGUUCCCUGUGCUUAAUGGGUACCUGCGCGGGAUCCACCGGCGUCGUCGGGAUGCUGUGGCCUCCCCCAUGAAGCUUUCUGCUGCAUUCUCUGUUGUCUCUAUUGUUUUUGUUUCUGCUGUUGUUGUCGUUGUUUCUGUUGUGAGUGCUGGGCUUUUAAGAGGAAGACCCUUUCAUAGAUCUUUUCGCGUGUGA